AUCAAGCCGCCUUCAUUGAUUACUAGCACCGCCGUAAUGUCGUCGGACGAAGACGAAUGGGUGCCCUUUAGCCGCCGGCCGGAGUGGUCGGAUGUGAAGCCGGUGCCGCAGGACGACGGGCCCCACCCAGUCGUGCCCAUCGCUUACCGCGACGACUUCCGGGAGACGAUGGACUACUUCCGGGCAGUUUACCUCUCCGGCGAGCGAAGCCACCGCGCCCUAAAUCUCACUGCCGAGGCUGUCAGCAUGAAUCCCGGCAACUACACCGUCUGGUAUUUCAGACGGCUUGUUCUUGAAGCAGUGGAUGCUGAUUUGAAUGAUGAAAUGGAAUACGUCAAUUGUGUUGCUUCCAAAAAUUCUAAGAACUAUCAAAUCUGGCACCAUAAACGAUGGCUUGCUGAGAAGCUGGGUCCAGAAGUUGCACAGAAGGAGCUUGAAUUUACUAAAAGGAUAUUUGCUAUUGAUGCAAAAAACUAUCAUGCCUGGUCUCACAGACAGUGGAUUCUUGAGGCACUAGGUGGGUGGCAAAAUGAGCUCGACUAUUGUACUGAAUUGCUUGAAGAUGACAUCUUUAACAAUUCGGCAUGGAAUCAGAGGUACUUUGUCAUCACAAGAUCUCCACUUUUGGGAGGCCUGCAAUCAAUGCGUGAAUCUGAGGUGAGUUAUGCAGUUGAAGCCAUCUUAUCCAACCCAGAGAAUGAGAGCCCCUGGAGGUACCUGAGAGGUUUAUAUAAAGGGGAUCCCAAUCUUCUAAUAUGCAAUAAUCAGAUCUCAGGCGUUUGUCUCCAAGUGUUGAAAACAAAGCACAAUAUCAUAUUUCCUUUGAGUCUGCUUUUAGAGCUUCUUUGCCAUGGCUUCCAACCAAGUACUGAAUUUGUGAGCGCCGUCGAGGCUUUGCGAACCUCGGUGCCUGAAUCAUCUUCAACCUCCAGUUUGGCAAACACCAUUUGUUCUGUACUUGAGACUGUCGAUCCAAUUCGAUCGAAUUACUGGUCAUGGCGGCGAAGCCAUCUUCCUGCUGAGGUUUGCUAAAACUGUUGAAGCCAGUGAUUUUAAUGCAAAUUGUUAUUGAUUCAGCGCAAGGUUGGUUGUCUUAUUGCCACCUUUUUGUAAUGUUUGCUGUAGGGAUAUGAAGCCAACCAUGACAGUGUAUGGUCUGAAUGAGUUGGUUAUAAAUAUUCAUAUUUAAGGACUCAAAAUCUGAAAGUUGAGGCAGUCUUUGCUUCUUAAAUUCUGCUUU